AUGCCUCCCCGCGCCUACUCCAAGACCUCCCGUGUCCCUCGCCGCCCCUUCGAGGCCGCUCGAUUGGACACUGAGCUGAAGCUCGUUGGCGAGUAUGGCCUGCGCAACAAGCGUGAGGUCUGGCGAGUCGGUCUGACUCUGUCCAAGAUUCGUCGUGCUGCCCGUCAGCUUCUUACCCUCGACGAGAAGGACCCCAAGCGUCUCUUCGAAGGCAAUGCCCUCAUUCGCCGUCUCGUCCGUGUCGGUGUCCUCGACGAGUCCCGCAUGAAGCUCGAUUACGUGCUCGCCCUCAAGGUUGAGGAUUUCUUGGAGCGCCGCCUCCAGACCUGCGUCCACAAGCUCGGUCUCGCCAAGUCCAUCCACCACGCCCGUGUCCUGAUCCGUCAGCGCCACAUCCGCGUCGGCAAGCAGAUCGUCAACGUCCCCUCGUUCAUGGUCCGCCUCGACUCCCAGAAGCACAUCGACUUCUCCCUCACCUCUCCUCUCGGAGGUGGCCGCCCCGGCCGCGUCCGAAGAAAGAAGGCCAAGGCCGCCGAGAAGGAGGACGGCGACGAGGAGGAGGAUGACGAGUAG